AUGAGAAGGGAUGUGUGUCGACUGUUUUUGCUCCUCAUACUUGUUGCGACCUUGCCGGUCUUUAUUCUUUAUCGACAAUUAGGAUAUGAAGUGACUCAUGAACAAUUGCUUUCGUAUUACCGCGACGAGCUCACUUCAAGCACAGGCCUCAAUAGUGAUGCAUCCUUACAAUGUAUGCAGUUUCCCCAGGACAUGUCGUCUUAUCCACAUUGCUUCGAAAAAAUGCAGUGGUUACGAAACGGGUGGAAAUCUCAUAGCUGUUAUACUGCUCUUGGAGUUGAUGGAUCGGUAUGUUCAUUCCGACAGUACCUUUCUACAGUAGAAGACUUUUGUCCUCCCACAAUUUUUUUUCGGAGGCCAACGACGGCGGAGGUCUUUGCUGAGACAAAUACAGACCUCCAGCGACUCCUUACUGUACUUAGCGGCAAUGCAGGCAAUUACAAUUACAUUAGAGAGCGCCUCGUGCAGCAUUGGUCUAGCUGGACAGAAGCUUUGCGGAAGACUCUCGGAAGGUACCCUAAUUCUAUGUCCAACAGGAAGAAAUUGAAUAUUCUUAUUCAUAUGGGAUUACUAACUGAAAAGAAUCUGCAUAUCGGUGAAAAAUCGGGUAGUGGUGGACCUCUUGGUGAAUUGCUGCAGUGGUCGGAUCUUAUUGCCUGUUUAUUCUUGUUGGGACACAAUUUGUACAUAUCCUCUGACAAGAUGACUCUUUUAAGACACGUUGACAACUUCCCUCUCAGUUCUCCAUGCCCUGAAAAGAACCAAUUUCAACUAAAUCUAAUUAUCACGGAUAUUAUAGGACUGAGGUCGUUCAAAAAGAGAAGAGAUUUCUUAGUCCACCAUAAAUGUCGUAUACGUUUGGUGGACAGUUUUGGUACACAUGUCGAGUUUAACUACAGAUCGUAUUUUAAUGCUCAUCAAAGCGAAUUCGCAAUGGAAGGAACCAAGCAGAAAAAUCCUUGGGGUGGACAUGGACUUCAACUUCUACAACACUGGACAUUUUUUCCACACACUCCAGACAACGGAUUUCUAGGUCUUCCUUCUUCACUAGUCUACGGGAAAGAAAAAUAUAUGUGGAAUGAAUCUGAGACAGUGAUAAACGUGCUGAAGAAAUUCACUGAGGUUCAUGCUACUGUUGCUGACGUAAAUAGUACGGAGUCUCCUAUGUUUUCAAAUAUUAUCAACCAUGGUUUUCUAAAUGCUUCUGAUGUUGCAUCUCUUCUAAAAUCAGUGGACAUAUUUGUCGGACUUGGAUUUCCCUUUGAAGGACCGGCUCCACUGGAAGCAAUUGCUCAUGGUGCUGUGUUUAUAAACCCAAAGUUUCAUCCUCCUAAAUCUCGACUGAAUGCGGUAUUCCUUCGCGAAAAGCCAACGCUUAGAGAGUUUACCAGUCAAUCGCCAUAUAUGGAACGUCUGGGUAAACCAUAUGUUUAUACCAUUGACAUUAAUGAUUCAGCGGCUUUGAGCGACGCAAUCACAACUGCACUGAAAGAAAAACCGAAGCCUUUUGUACCUGAAGAGUUUACACCGGAGGGGAUGUUGGUUAGAGUGAAUAUGCUGGUUGUGCGAGAUCUGUGUUCGAAGAAAUCAGUAUGGCCACCAGCAACUUCACUUCAACCGGUAUUGGGUGCUCCGGAACUAUCGUGUGAAAAAGGUUGUGAAUCGGCUGGGUUGGUAUGCGAACCAUCGUUUUUCCCACUAGUUAACUCUGCUAGUGUUCUAGAGAGACUGGUUGGCUGUACGGAGGACAGACUUGAGAAUUCAACAGCGCCUUUUGCCCCGUAUGGGUGUUCACUCCAGUCGAGUUCAUUAAUGUUCAGUUGUGCUUCGCGGCCUCCCUCAGGGAGCGCUAUAAAGCGGAUAUGUCCAUGUCGAGAUUAUUUGCCAGGUAGUCGGCAUCCCAAUACACUGCAUCUUCUCGCCGGAAGCUCGACAACGACGGCUUUGGACGCUGCUCGCGCUCUUUUGGUAAAUGGCGCAAACGCAUGUGUCAGAGCUGACGAAGGAAUAACUCCGUUGCACGUGGCGUGCGCUUAUGACUGUCUGGCGAUGGCACAGCUUCUCAUGCACUACGGCGCAGAUCCCGAAGCUAGUGACGAUCAUGGGCGAACACCUUUUAGUAUGGCCACAGGCAGUACGCACAGAUUUCUCCAACGAAUGCUGACGAAAAGCACAAGAGAUCAGCGCGGAAUUAUUCACCGCCUCUUCGCUUGUCACACUGCCAUGAUGGGUGUAAACAAAGUGUUGAUGCGUGGUAUACGAAGAAAAUGGCGAAGAUCCCUCGGUGCAAUCGGCUGCAGACGACCACCAUCGGAAUCGCUUCCCGUUACAGAGAUGGAACCAACUACACCGACAGCAAUAGUAUCACCGAUGUCUGCUGAAAAAGACGCGCAGGAAUCCAGCAAUGGCAAGCCGUCUAGCUCACGUGUUUAUUCUGGAUAUCUUCUAUCAGACAAAAUGCCACACCCAUCGAGCUCGGGAACAUCUUCUCAGACUGUAACACCCGUACGAGAAGGAAUCGCAGAAGGAACAAGAACUCCUUAUCUCUCGAUUACUCCAGAAGCUAUUACACGAACACCUAAAGCAGGAACUAUAGGACGAGGAGCCGAAGCCAACACUAGCAGUGAACCUGAUGAAAGUGUACCGAGAAGAAACACGCACGCGUCAUCACCUGGACACGAAGAACAACAACAUACGAAAAUUUCGAGCCGUUCAAUACAUUCAGCGCAAGGAGCAGCCUUGAACACAAUCCAAUCGAGAACUCCAACAACAUCAACUGUACCCGUGUACUCGAAAUCACAAUGCCAACCGUCGGCACCGUCUAUCGAGCAGCUACCGGACGAUGACUUUUCCUGUUGGUUGAGUGAGAAGGACAACAGUCAUGACACCCAAGGAACAGAUAUUUACUUAACAGCUGAUGAAAGUUUCGAUAUGACUGAGCUGCAGCAAGAAAUAGACCAGACUGGCAAGCCGAUUUUGUCACCAUCUGAUGAAGAUGCUCUUCUUCGAAAGAUCCGACGUCUUAAUGACGCGCAGUUAAGAGCUGAAUUGAAAAAAGGGGGGAUUACAGCCGGACCAAUGUGUGAAAGAACCCGGAAAAUCUACGAAAAAAAAUUGUUGGCAUUACAACGAGGAAUAGCAGACACGAAAGGAGCCCGAUAUUCACGUCAACUCGAAUUGGCCAUGAUGGGCAUCGCAUUACCAGAUACGGGAAAAGUGUUCGAUAAUAAAAUACGAAAAGAAUUCGAACAGACUGGUGUCUCUGCAUUCUGUUAUCUUCUACUAGAUCCUAGAAUGAUCACGACGGAUGUGGAGUCUCUUGAUUUGAGGAUAUUCGUACCGGCAAUUUUUUAUGUCGGUAAAGGGACAAAAGCUCGUCCUCUGGCUCAUCUGAUCGAGGCGAAGAAGGAAAGAGAAGCGAAGUCGCCAAAAGUAGUUUCUGACGUGAAGCUUAGAAGAAUCGACUCAAUUUGGGGAAGUGACAAUGGAGUACUCUGCCUUCAAAUCAACCAUAAUGUCUCCGAUGAUGAAGCGUUUGUUCGAGAAGCGGCACUGAUCGAAGCUAUUAGAUUGGAGAACUUGACGAAUAUAAAGGGUGGUGAAUGGCGUGGAUCAAGCAGGACGUGGACGUUUUCAAUGAGAGCGGAAUUUGGCACGUAUCAACUCCAGAGAGCGCUUGGUGUGUUGAAAAUGGAAGGGUUGCGGCCGAUUAAGCCUGAAGCACUGCCAGACUGUCUUUAUGUGAUGAUCAGUAGUCGAGAGAAAAGACGUGGGCUUCGAAGUGCAGCUAGGGAAAUUGUUUCUGGAGUUCCCAAUUCUCAAGAAGGGCUGCUACUGGACCUGCCUUCUGUUUCAUCGGUGCCCGCUUACGAAUUCUUCGCUGAAAGAAUUUCAGAAUCAAGUGCUAUUGAGAAAUUUGAUGGAGAUGUUCGCGUUGGGGACAUUAUUAUUGUGAAAGUGAAAAGAUGCGAUGCUGUGGGCGCAUACGUGAAGCCUUUGUGCUUCGCUACACGAAUAAAACGGGACUUAGAAUGGCUAAAUUUACAGUUUUUAACACCGUUGUCAGCGUUAUCGCGGCGAGUUGCUGUUGGUCAGUAUUUAGAAGCACGAGUAAGUAGCGUGCAGCCAGUGAAAAUUGAGCUUUUAGAAGCUCCGCCGUUGUCGUCGAAUGAAUUGCCGAAGUAUUUCAGGAAUGGGCGUGACAUGCCACAACAUUCGCGAUACUGGGAAUUUAUAGAGGACAGCGGGAUGUUACGGAAUACAUACCUAGCAGAGGCUCUCUGUCUUCCUUCGAGUUCUCCGUUUUCAUUCCUGACGAUAGAAGGAUUAGAUAAGGACAGAGCUGAGCCUGCAUCGGUUCUUCGCAAACGCCAAAAUGAAAUGCUUGCUGACGAAUACGUGGUUCGAGGAGUGGAACAAAUGCGAUCAGGAAACAGGGAAUCUGCCAUAGUCGUUCUGAACCAAGCGCUCGAAAUCAACCCACUUUGCGUCGAAGCGUUAGUAGCAAGAGGCGCAGCAUAUUCGACGAAUGGUCACUAUGUUUUGGCCGAGGCUGAUUUUGAUCAGGCGCUCAUUUUGGCGCCGACACAUUCCAACGCUCGGAAUUAUAUGGUGGAGACGCUCAUCAAACACGCUUCUUUGUGA